AUGGAGUCGCCCAGGGAAGAUGGUAUUUUUGAAGAGGUCGCCCAGUACACUCGCGCCUACCCGAAGCGAAUCUUUGGUUUAGCUGCUGUUGAUCUCCACAAUCCCGUGGAAGCUGUCAAAGAUCCGGAAUAUUACGUUCGAGUCGAAGGGGUUGUGGGGUUGAGGGUGGUGCCUUGGCUAUGGAACCUACCCCCAACUGACCCGCACUAUUGGCCUCUUUUUGUCAAGUGCAUCGAGCUUGACGUUCCGUUUCUGACCCAAGUCGGUCACACCGCACCUGCCUGUCGAAGUGAGGUCGGGCGUCCGAUCCCGUACAUCGAUACUAUCGCGCUGAAAUUCCCGGACUUGAAAAUCAUCAUGGGUCAUAUUGGAUAUCCUUGGGCUGCGGAGACCACGGUAGUUGCUUGGAAGCACAAAAAUGUCUAUAUAGACACCAGCGCAUUGUCUCCGAAAUAUUACGCUCCGGAGUUUAUCACGUUCGCCAGCACUACGGGCAAGGACAAAGUGGUGUUAGGAACAAACUUUCCGCAGUUGGGAUGGAAGGACUGCGUUGAUAAAGUCAAUAGCCAUCUGGUGGGGACCAAGGGUGGCUUCAGAGAAAGUGUGGUGAGGGGCUUUAUGGGUGGGAGUGCUCUUCGAGUUUUAAAACUGCCGGAGACACAUAUGGAAGGACCCCGAUCAAGUCUUUGA